ACUUUAAAACAAUAAUUUGAGGUUAUAAACGUUAUUUAAAAAAAUCAAAACAACAUUAUAAUUUAAACAAUUUAAUAAAUAAUUAUUAACAAAAAAUGGAUGAUGAAUUUACUGAUGAUGAUUACAUAAUUCCUACAGUUAAAUACGAGUAUCUGGAUCAUCCUGCAGAUAUUCAAUUGCAUUCAUGGGGUGGAUCACUUGAAGAAGCAUUUGAACAAUGUGCAAUUGCAAUGUUCAAUUACAUGAGUCCAAUAGAUGAUGUUGAAAUAUUACAAAAAUAUGAUAUUGAAUCAGAAGGACAUGAUUUAGACAGUCUAUUGUAUAAUUAUCUAGAUGAAUUAUUAUUUAUGUUUAGUGCUGAACCAUUUUUAAUUGCAAAAAAAAUUAAAAUAACAGAAUUUGACAAGACAAAUUAUCGUAUAAAAGCAACAGCAUUUGGUGAAGAAUUUUCACUUGAUAAACAUCAACAAGGAACUGAAAUAAAAGCUAUAACAUAUUCAGCAAUGAAAAUAAUUGAACCACCAGCUUCUGAUAAUUUUGAAGUAUUUGUAAUUGUUGAUAUUUAAUUAUUUGCAUAAAUCAAUAAAUUUAAAAAAUUAAAUAUUGA